GUGUCGGCACAGUCUCUCACGCGCCGGCCGACUGACAUAAAGCAACCACCCUGUCCUCGGCGUCCUCCCCUCUCUCCCGUACCUUCCAUCCGCUCUCAGGCAUGUCUAACAGGGACUACUACAACCAAGGCCAGGGCCAGGGCCAGUACUAUCCUCCCCAAGGUCAGUCUUGCAGCUCGUUUGCUCGAUGCGAGUCGGUGACCAGUGUUGCGACAACCAGGUCCUCCCCAGGGUCAGGGUGGUUACUAUCCCCAACAACCACAGGCCGCUUACGGUGGUGGCUAUAACCAGCCAUACGGUGGUGGCGGGCAGUACCAACCUCAACCACCACCUCAGACGGUCUACGUACAACAGCCUCAGCAGAAAGGUGGUGGAGGAGGAGAUGGCUGUUGCGCCUGCCUAGCCGGAAUGUGUUUGUGUUGCUGCGCUGAAGGUGUGUAUCACUGUCCCUCGUAUGACCCAGUAUUGAACCAGACCUGUCCACAGAGAUUUGCUGCGACUGCCUAUUCUAGAUAGUCGAUGACUUCACGAUGAUGAAUGCUUCUUUCUGCGCUAUUGAUUGGCGAAGUUCAUGACCGGCGAUUUCUCUUUUCAUACUCCUGACCUCGGCCGUGGCGCGGUUCAUAUUUGUAUAUCAGGACUUUCUCUCGGCUUUCUACGAUCUACCGCUAUGUAUCCUUCUCGACUCUACAGCACAUAAUCCAGGGCUUCGGGCCAGAUGUGGCUGCGUUCA